AUGAGCUCGUCGUUGCGACGCCGCGCGCUGCCCCUCGUCGUCGUUAUGAGCGGCGAAGUCGCGACGUCCGAGAUCCAAGUCGCCGCAAGAAAUCAUGCAGCUUACGAAUGGAUUCACCAUGAGCAUGUUGGCCGUUCCCAUGGCCUCACGACUUCUCAACUUUGGGCCAUUCGCGAUACUAUCCACCCCCCUCAACUGAAUGUCCUCUCCCCUCUCUAUUCCGCUGCCCUGGCCUUUGCCGACCACAGCACUGUACACGUGAAGGUUCCGCAGGAUGUCAUGUCCGAUUUACAACAGCACCUCCAACCACUUGCAUCGAGUGUUAAUCUCGAUGUCGCAGAUUUGCUGGUUGAAGCUGCCGCAGUGGUCGCAACCUACAACAUGGUCUCGCGCUUCUUGGUCUCUUUGGACAUAGCCGGAUCUUCUGACGAUGUCGUUCCAUGGCCAGUCGACAGCACUGAACACACAAUCGAGCUGGCGCCCAACGUCAACAUUCAUGCCAUAACACUCGUCACCCACCCCAAUGCUCCUUGGAUUGCCUUCUCAAAUUCAUUGCUCACGGACGAGGGGAUGUGGGAAUGGAUUGUCCCACACAUAAUUGCACCGGCCGUCAGCCCCGAAUUGGCCUCGUCUGUUUCGGCAGCGCCGUGCACUAUCCCUCUCCUCGCACAUGAUCUGGCUCAUCUCAUUUCCAUUCUUAUUCCGUCAGGAAAGGUCAAAUGCGUCAUCGGUGUCUCGCAAGGGGGUGCUGCCGCUCUAGCCUUUGGUGCACUCUAUCCCACGCUCACAGAAGGCGUUAUUUCAUGUGAUACGGGGCCCAAAACUGCUCCAGGGAAUGCGGAAGCAUGGCAAGAACGUAUUGCCCUUGCAAAAACAAAAGGCAUCGAGGAGCUAGCUAGUGUGACUGUUGACCGCUGGUUCCCUUCUCCGUCCAAAUGUGGACAAGGAGGUUCGAGAUACGGAAGGACAGAAACAAUCAAGAAAAUGAUUGCGACCACCAGCAUCCCCGCUUUCGAGCUCGGAGCAGGCGCUCUCAUGUCGUACGACCUACUCAAACCGCUUUCAGAAGACGGCGUCGAUUUGCUGCACAGCGAUGUCAAAACCAAAGUGCUGCUUGUUGCCGGCGAGCUCGAUGGCGGGGGUAAAGUUGCAGCUGGAAUGAAAGGAUUGCGCGAAAAAUGGCUUGAAGCUACGCCAGCUGCCAAGGUCGACUGGCCGAGAUUGCCGGGCGCGGGUCAUCUUCCGAUGAUCGACGAAACAGAGAAAUACUGGGAAGUCGUGAGCGCAUUCCUGAAGGGGUUGUGA